GUCACACAGACACAUUCACACUAAUAAACAUAGAGUGUGCUAUCCAGACAGACAGGCAGGAACACAAGAUAUACUACCAUUAGCUACAGAGGAAAAAUCUAAUAAGGACACAUUUAGUAAACUCUCUCUCCCCUGUCACACACAUACACACACACUGAGUGUGUGCUACCCAGCGUGAGGAGCAGGGCCGAUCGACCCCAGCAAGUGGAGCAUCAGGGAGGAAGGAGCAAGCAAGUGGAUGGAUGCCUUUUGCAGACUCAGUGGUCUGGACCCUCUGUGGGACUGGAACCGUACGUGGUACACAGCCAACCCAGACCUGACCCAGUGUUUCCAAAACACAGUACUGGUGUGGGUCCCCUGUAUUUAUCUGUGGUUGCUGGCCCCUUUCUACUGUCUUCACCUCUACUGCCAUGACCGCGGACACAUUCGAAUGUCUUGCCUCUGCACCGCCAAGAUGGUGUUGGGUUUUCUGCUGGCCUCCUUUGGUUUUGUGGAGUUCUUCUACAUCCUGCUGGAAAGGAGCCAGGAGAUCCAGCAGCACAUGGUCUUCCUACUCAGCCCCAUCAUACGCAGUAUGACUGUGAUCUUGGCCUUAUGCAUCAUCCAGCUGGAAAGAGUAAGAGGCUGUCGUUCCUCUGUAUUCCUCUUCCUGUUCUGGGUCUUGGCUGUUGUCUGUUCCCUGGUGCCUCUAAGAGCUAAGAUCCAGCUGGCCAUGGAUGAGGGCAUUGCCUCUGAUAUUGUACGAUACCUCGCCUUCUUCUCCUACUUCACAAUCCAACUGGCCCAGCUCUUCCUGUGCUGUUUUGCUGACCAACCUCCAGAAGGAAAACCCAUCUUGGAAAAGAAUCCCUGUCCAGUGAAAGAUGCCUCUUUCCUGUCAAAGAUUCUCUUCUGGUGGUUCACUGGGCUUGUUGUGAAAGGAUAUCGUGCCCCGCUGGUGGCAGAGGACCUGUGGACCCUGAGGGAGGAAGACACGUCACAAAAAAUCAUCUCUGAGCUGGAACAGGACUGGACAGCUGAAUGUGCAAAACUUCACAAGCAGGAGAAGGCCUUGGCGUCGGGUGUGGCGCUGGGGGGCAGACUGCCAGACCAGGCUCAGCUUCUCAGGAAGCUGCAGAAGAAGCAGAGCUCUGGCUUCUUCCUGCUCAGGACGCUAGCACGGAAGUUUGGUCCAUACUUUCUGAACGGUACCCUGUGUAUCAUAUUCCACGAUGCCUUCAUGUUCGCCAUCCCCCAGGUGCUCAGUCUUCUUCUGGGUUUCAUGAGAGACCAAGAUGCUCCGCUGUGGAAAGGCUAUUUCUACGCCACUCUGAUGUUCCUGCUGUGCUGUCUCCAGUCCCUCUUCAACCAUCAGUACAUGUACACUUGCUUCACAGUGGGAAUGAGAGUGAAGACAGCUGUUAUGGGCUUGGUUUACAGGAAGUCUUUGGUGAUAAACAGCGCUGCCAGGAGGACUUGCACUGUGGGCGAGAUUGUGAAUCUGGUUUCAGCAGACACUCAGAAGCUCAUGGACUUUGUGGUGUAUUUCAACGCUGUCUGGCUGGCUCCUAUUGAAAUUGCUCUUUGUCUCUUCUUCCUCUGGCAGCAUCUUGGCCCAUCAGCUUUGGCAGGAAUCGCCACUGUCAUUCUCAUUUUUCCACUCAACGGAUUCAUAGCAAAGAAAAGAAGCAAGCUGCAGGAGGUUCAAAUGAAGUUCAUGGAUGGCCGCAUCAGACUGAUGAAUGAGAUCCUGAAUGGAAUAAAGAUCUUGAAAUUCUAUGCCUGGGAGAAGGCUUUCCUGGAGCAGGUUUUGGGCCACAGAGAAAAGGAGCUCAAAGCCCUGAAGAAGUCUCAGAUCCUUUACUCCAUUUCCAUUGCGUCCUUCAACUCCUCUUCUUUCCUGAUUGCCUUUGCCAUGUUUGGAGUCUACGUGACGCUCGAUGAUAGGAACGUCCUGGAUGCACAGAAAGUUUUUGUCUCAAUGGCGCUGAUCAACAUCCUGAAGACUCCACUUAGCCAGCUUCCAUUUGCUAUAAGCACGACUAUGCAGGCUAUGGUUUCACUGAGACGUCUGGGAAAGUACCUGUGCUCAGAGGAACUCAAAGUGGACAAUGUCUCAAAGGCUCCAUUGAGUUCUGAUGGGGAAGACGUGGCGAUAGAAAACGGCACUUUCAGCUGGUCUGCAGAGGGCCCUCCGUGUCUUAAAAGGAUCAACGUCCAUGUGCCACGAGGUUCCCUCGUCGCUGUGGUUGGACAUGUGGGGAGUGGAAAGUCCUCUUUGUUGUCCGCCAUGCUUGGUGAAACAGAGAAAAGAAGCGGGAGUGUCUCUGUUAAGGGCUCUGUGGCGUAUGUGCCCCAACAGGCCUGGAUCCAGAACGCCACAGUCCAAGACAACAUCAUAUUUGGCCGGGAGAAACUGAAGACAUGGUACCACCGAGUGCUAGAGGCCUGCGCACUGCUGCCCGACCUGGACAUCCUACCUGCUGGAGAUGCUACAGAAAUUGGAGAGAAGGGAUUGAACCUCUCAGGUGGGCAGAAACAGAGGGUAAGCCUGGCCAGGGCUGUCUACAGAAAGGCUGAUGUUUACCUCUUGGAUGAUCCGCUGUCUGCUGUUGAUGCACAUGUGGGUCAACACAUCUUUGACAAAGUCAUUGGACCCAAAGGUGUCCUUAGAGAUAAGACCCGCAUCCUGGUGACCCAUGGGAUGAGCUUCCUGCCGCAGGCUGACCAUAUCUUCGUCCUGGUAGAUGGAGAAAUCACAGAGAGUGGUUCAUACCAGGAGCUCCUCAGCCGCCAUGGUGCCUUUGCUGACUUCAUCCACACCUUCGCCAGCACAGAGCGAAAAGAGAGCGCUAUACAGAGAGCUGGUUCUAGGAGAUCAAAUGCUCGUCUCAGCAUGGUCGACUUCAUGCCCUUCUCCAGAGACCUGUCACAGGAGCAGCUCAUUGGGGGUGACACCACUAAUACCAACCUGCAGAAUAUGGAGCCUGUGUCUGAAACAGACCUGGAACAAGUACCAGAGGACUUGGGCAAACUGACCGAGGUUGACAAGGCCCGGACUGGAAGGGUGAAGUUGGAGAUGUACAAAAAGUACUUCAAGACAAUCGGCUUGGCCAUCAUCAUUCCCAUCGUCUUCCUGUACGCCUUUCAGCAGGGGGCCUCAUUGGCCUACAACUACUGGCUUAGCAUGUGGGCUGACGAUCCUAUUGUUAACGGCACCCAGAUCGAUACUGACCUCAAACUGACCGUGUUUGGUGUACUGGGCUUUGUACAAGGUGUCGCAAUCUUUGGUACAACAGUUGGCAUCUCCAUCUGCGGCAUCAUCGCCUCUCGCCACCUGCACAUGGACCUGCUGAUCAACGUGCUGCGCUCUCCGAUGUCUUUCUUUGAGUGCACGCCCAGCGGCAACCUACUCAAUCGCUUUGCAAAGGAGAUUGACGCCAUCGACUGCAUGGUCCCCGAUGGCUUGAAGAUGAUGCUGAGCUAUGUCUUUAAACUCAUGGAGGUGUGCAUCAUUGUGCUGAUGGCGACGCCUUUUGCAGCCGUGAUCAUCCUGCCUCUUGCUUUGCUUUACGCCUUUGUCCAGAGCUUCUACGUCGCCACAUCCUGUCAGCUGCGGAGGCUUGAAGCUGUGAGCCGCUCGCCCAUCUACACCCACUUCAACGAGACGGUGCAGGGCGCCAGCGUCAUCCGGGCCUUUGGCGAGCAGCCCAGAUUCAUUCAGCAGGCCAAUGCGAGGGUCGACUUCAAUCAGACCUCCUACUUCCCCCGAUUUGUGGCCACCCGGUGGCUGGCAGUCAAUCUGGAGUUUGUUGGCAAUGGUGUGGUCUUAGCAGCUGCCAUUCUCUCUGUAAUGGGUAAAAACACCCUGAGCCCAGGCAUCGUUGGUUUGGCUGUGUCACACUCCCUCCAGGUGACUGGGAUCCUGAGUUGGAUCGUGAGAUCCUGGACUGAUGUAGAAAACAACAUUGUUUCUGUGGAGAGAGUCAAUGAGUAUGCUGAUACUGCUAAAGAGGCCAGUUGGAAUAUAGAGGGCAGCUCCUUGCCCCUGGCCUGGCCCCAGAGAGGUACUAUAGAGUUCCAGGACUACGGGCUGCAGUACCGUAAAGGCCUUGAGUUGGCUCUGAAGGGCAUUACCUUGAAUAUUCAUGAAAGAGAGAGGGUUGGAAUUGUGGGUAGGACAGGAGCGGGGAAGUCCUCACUUGCUCUGGGAAUCUUCAGGAUCUUAGAGGCAGCAAAGGGAAAGAUCUUCAUAGAUGGAGUCAACAUCGCAGACAUCGGACUCCAUGACCUCAGAUCCCGCAUUACUAUCAUUCCUCAGGACCCCGUGCUGUUCUCAGGCUCCCUCCGGAUGAAUCUUGACCCCUUUGACACCUACACUGAUGAGGAGAUGUGGCGUUCACUGGAGCUCGCUCACCUCAAAAACUUUGUCUCUAAUCUGCCUGACAAACUCAACCAUGAAUGCUCAGAGGGAGGAGAAAACCUCAGUCUGGGUCAGCGCCAACUAGUGUGCCUGGCCAGGGCCUUGCUGAGGAAAACCAAGAUCCUGGUUUUGGACGAGGCAACAGCUGCUGUGGACCUGGAGACAGACACACUAAUCCAGUCAACAAUUCGCACACAGUUUGAAGACUGCACUGUCCUGACCAUUGCUCACCGCCUUAACACUAUCAUGGACUAUACUAGAGUUAUCGUCAUGGACAGAGGCCACAUUUCUGAGAUGGACACUCCAGCCAACCUCAUCGCACAUCGGGGACAGUUUUACCAAAUGUGCCGGGAAUCUGGGCUGGUCUAGGUCUUCACUGGGCUUCGUACCAUGGUGCUGGUGUCCUGGUGUACAGAUGUGACACCUUGUUUGUGUGGCUCUCCAACAUACGUUACAUUGGGCCAUUCCAAGCUUUGUGGCAGCUUAAAACGUCUCUCCAGGAGGGCAUUGUCAGUGAAUCUCAAGAGCAGGUGCUGACGCAGUCCCUAUAUGUUGGUAUAUAAACACACACAGACAAGCUGUCCUAAGUCAGGAAAAGACAUUGUUAACCUCAGAUGAUGAACACUCAGAAAGAUGCUACAGUGGAUUGACUGUUAAGUUUCCAAGCUAUAAUUAUUGUAUAUAGAGUAGGGGAGUCAAUUUAUUCCAUGAAAGGAUUAAGCCAGUGAGCUGGAAUGAAAGAGUUCCGCGCAUCUUAAGGAUUUUCAUUCUCUUUUUCAAUGGGAGCUAUAUUAUUUUUGUAGUUUUUGUAAGUGUUAUAAAGCACAAGAGAUAUUUUUUGAUGUUGUCUCAGGCUUAAAUGUUGAUGUUUACUCACACUUUUUUUUAGCCUUGUAUACCAAAAAAAGAGGCAGUUUUGUAACUGUAAAUUGAUAUCUAUUUUGUCGUCUUAUCCCAGAAACUGGGACAGGAAAUACUCUGACACACUAACCUUCAAAAAGGUUCACCCUGGCAAACACAGGGGAAGUGAGGUUUACAAAGCCUUCAAAAUUUCAGCAGGAAGCAGCCAAUUUAGAAUUUUUAUAUGUCAGGGUAAAAGAGGAAAACAUUGAAAUGAGCCAAGACAUUAGCAGUCGUCCAACUAUGUUGUGGCUGUUGUGUAUUUCUGUCAAAGUAAACACAUAAAAAAGUCAAUAGAGACCUUGCUGGUCAGAUUUAACCUGACGCCGGUAGUGAAAACCACCAUGAAUGAAGAGAAUGUCUCUUCAAAACAAUAGUGAUAAAUCUCUGUGUCUUUGCCUACACCACACUACUCAGGCCAUACAGAUAUAUACAGAAGAGAAGAAAAUAAUCUGUAUUGUUCUUUUGGUGCUGACAUGACACACUGUAAAUAGUCCAUGUUGACCUUUACUCUAAAAUCAAAGAAAGAACCCUAUGAUAUUUUCUAAGAGAAGAGGAAUUUACUGUUUUUGUCUUACUGGUUUAGACAAUAUAGUGUACGAGAAACCCUGUAGUUUAUUUAUGUAAUACGACAAAAUGUAUUAAGUGUCCUUAAAAUUCUGAGGAUUGUAUUAUAUUUAUACUUUUUAUAACAAGCUUGUUCAUUUUUCACUGACAAUUUACUGUUAAUGUACUGUCUUGAUCCAUCCAUCAUGCUGGACAAUA